AUGGAUCAGUCGAUGUCCUCUCAGUCCUCAUCAGGAGUCGCUGCCAACUCUUUCACCUCAGCCUCUGCAUCAUCAUCUCAGACUGCUGCCACCUCGUUUUCCGGCUUGGCCGACACAACUGGAUCGUCACAACACUCCCAACCCGUCGACAACUCUGAACUCUUCAACGAUCCGUUCACCGGUGUACCGAGUUCCCCUCCUGACGCAGCUCGACUCUUCUUCCUAUGCCAAUCCGAUCCUCGAGCCUGCAGCUAUUCCAUCCCAUCAUCUCUGUUCUUCUUGUACUGCUAUGCAUCGCCCUGGCAGGAUGACAGUCGCAAGGUCAGAAAGCAAUACCCUCGGGGCGCGCGACAGUUCAUACUCGACUGCGAGCGGGACCUCAGGAUCCCGACAUACACCCGCCUCUACACGGAAUGGCUGUUCAGCGGCGGUGCGCCAUCUUCACUCGCGAAACUGCAUCGCCAUGCCGAUGGCUCGACCAGUGUCUCCUUUUCGGGCAAAGUCAGAGCAUGCAUCUACGUCUUCAGACUGUAUCAGCAGCGCAAACUCCCCUUUGGUCGUUCCUGCAAUCAAGUCGCCUCGAUCUUUGGUCAAGAGACCACGCCAGAAGUCAGUGAGGAGUAUUGGAACAAUGUCGUGAUAUCCACUGAAAAGCCCGAGAUCCCUUGCAACGUGUGGAACCAUGUGUAUCCCACACCGGCUGUGUCAAGAUCCUCAUUGCCUGCGAGUCCCAGAGGUCCCAGCACUGUCGUCCAGACCGAGCCUUUCCGUGGUGUUGUGUCUCUCCUACCUGACCUGCCCGACGACGUACCUGACGAGUGGACUCUCUGGACGCCUAUGACUGUACCUGCCCACCAAAGCUUCGCCCGUAAGAGAGCUUACGAUAUGCAAAGCCUGAAGAACCUUGAGUGCGGCAGCAGCAAGGUCGCUAUGCCAUUGCACGAGUUAGAUGUCUAUCGAAUGAGACAGGCCGGUAGCCAGAACACAAGAUUCUCAAGCCCGGAUGUUCUCGCCGGUGCAGAAGAAGAAGAAUACUAUGCCGGAGCAUCGUCAAAUGCAUCUGCCCUUACUCAGAUCUCACGCAAUCAACUCAUCCAAAGGCUACCUCAGCCUCCUCAGUACAACACUCCUGCACCCGAAGAUCCCGCUGCACCCAAGCGCGGCGUAGGUCGUCCUCGUAAAUCAACCGCCACUGCACCGACCAAAGCCCCUGCUAGACCAACAAGACUGCGUCUCAUUGCNUCCCCCAGACCCUCCACCCCUGAGCAAGCCGCCGCCUUCGAAGAAGCUAUGGACAACCACUCUCCCGCUUACGCCUACAGUAACGAGUUCCCUGACGUCCAGAUGCAUGAGAUUGAAGGCUCAUCCCCACCCGAUAGCAAAGAGUUCAACGAGACAAGCUACGAGAUAGCUUUGAUGGAGUGUUCGAAGGUAGUCAAGGCCUGUAAAGCUCGCGGACUGGAUGUAUAUGGCAUUGGAGUGAGAAGACUGGCCGAGGAGAGUGUUCUCUUCGUCCGCAGUGAUUGGAAAUAG